UCUGGCGGCCGCAGCGGCGAGGGCGGAUCACGCGUGUCAGGGCGAUGACUCAGCCCCAGCCCUGCAGUAUUAAUAGGAGCCGAGAUGCCCGGGGAGGCAGGCAGAUCCCAGCUCCACUGAGACACAACACAGCCACCAUGAAGGCUCCCGUGCUCCUGCUCCUCGUCCCCCUGCUGUGCUCUGCCCUGGCCGGUCCCGCAAACCCAGGUGUGGAGCAGCGGCCACCACCGCCCUCAGAUGACUUCACUCAAGUACAGCUACUCCCCGGGCACCCAGACCUGGAUCAAGUGGCGCUGCCCCCGCUCCUGCCCCGUCCAGCCACGAUCCAGCCUCAACCUGGCAGCCCUGACGUGAGCUGCAGCGACGGCGUAUCCUGCUCCCGCUUUGGUCUGGGCUCCGUCCUGGCCACCUUCCCCCCCGCCCACCCCGAUACCCUCACCGCCGCCCAGCUCUGCGCCCCUGGAUUGACCGGCCCUCGCUACACCGACCUGCCCAAGAGCAGCCAUGCCCACCUGCUGCGCCAGGCCAACGCCCUCGCCAGCUUUGACAGCGCCGUGAAGGAGUGCUGCCAGCGGCCUGAGCCCCUGGGUUGCGCCAAGCAGGCCUGGUCAGACACGCUACAGAGCUUCUGCCAGGAUGAAUUCGGCGUGAAGACCAAGCCUUUCCACUGCUGCAAGCAGCGCGGGACCGCGCGGGAGCAGUGCUUCGCCAGUGACGCACCACAGCCCCAACCCCAACCUGAACCCCAGCCCCAACCCCACCCAGUGUCCAGCUUCCCCCCCGGCCAGCCCACCUCUGCCAACCUGCGCAAUAUCUGCCAACUCGCCCGGUUCCGGACCCCCGGCGCCACGGACCAGGCCAACAACAUCGCCAUCCUGGAGCGCGAGUACCGCCGGUGCUGCCAAGGCAACGGCAACCUGGACUGCGCCCACGCUGCUUGGCGGAAGGCAAUGGCACGGUUCUGCAAGGAGAAGGGCGCCAUCAAGACCCUCAUCGACCCCUGCUGCCAGGUGCCUUUGGGCGAGAGGCGCGACACCUGCUUUGCCCGCCAGGCCCCAUACCCCAACUACGACCAGGGGCUGCGCACCCUGAGCCUGGCGCCGCUCACGCCCCAGAUCCUCGACAUCCUGUGUGGGCAGCAUGUGCUCAUCACCAAGCGGAAGCCUGUCCCAGACCUGAUCCAGGCCCUGAAGAAGCCGUGCUGCAGCCUGCAGGGAAACGAGCGGGUCCAGUGCGCUGAGAGAAAGAAAUCCCAGCUCAUUGCCACCCUGUGCAACACCAAGAAGGACUCAUGGAAGGAUACAGAGAAAUGCUGCUCGCAGACCGCUACAGAGGCCCGGGCCAGCUGCUUCGACACCAAGUACAUGGCCGACGUCACCCUGGCCAGCAACGCACCCUAGAGCCGUGGCCUGCAUCCCUGCUAUGGCUUGGCCCCUUCGCUCCCCACCAUGGACUCCAGCCCGGGCUGCACUGACAGAGCUGCUGCUUGACCCCCCCCAGGCCGGGCUUGACCCUGGAUCCCACUCCCAACCCCCUCCUCUGGCCCCGAGUCCAGCUCCCGUGACCAUCUCUUCUGCGGCACCAGGUGUCUAAAGCCCGUAGGAUCCGCGAGGGACUUGGCUCCGGGCUUCCUAGUGCAAGAAGACGUGGCCUUUCUUGGGUCCAGAUGCAGCUGACUCUGGGCUGUGUCUGCCUGUCUCCUGACUACCGUGCGCCCUGGGGUGGGGCUGGGUGUCCCAAUCCCCUCGGCGCAUGUUCACAUCUCAGCCCAGCGACUGCAAGUGGCUGCCUCAGUGCAGAGGCCAAAUAAACCUUGUGAUGAGUUA